AUGCUUCUUUCUUCUAAUUUUUCAACUCUACCAAGCAAUGAAUGAAAGGAAGUUACUUUUUCUCUAAAAAAAUUUCAUCUUUUCUACCAAGAACGCCAUUUGAAAGAAAAAAUAUAUCUUCUAUCUCUCUAUUUUUCAAUCGUCUGGUGUUCUCCAUUGCUCUCUAGGUCAUUUCGAUGAGUAGUUAAGUGAUUUUGCUGCUUCCAAUUUGUUACUACAUGUACCAGAAUGUUAUAAAUCUUUGGUUCUUCUGACUUCUUAUUUUUAUAUAUGAUUUGCAUGCUCAUGCUUAAAAAGGAGCAUGAGAAAUCCAUAGUGGUAUAGUUGUCAUGUUGUGGGAUCAUCUUACCUGUUACUACCACGAUAAUGGAUUUUCUUGUUAGUUUUUAGGCAUCUAAAACCUUAGAAAGACGGAUUCUUAUAAAAAAACUAUGGAUCAUUAUUCAUAUCUCUUGUAAAUGGAUUUUUCUUGGAUUCUCCUGUGCUGAGUUGAAAUGAGUCCUCAAAUGUUGGUGAUCUUUAGUUUUCAGAACAGGUGCAGUAAACUUGCUUCUGGAUCUGCUUAUGCAGAGCUUGGGAAUACCAAGGUCAUCGUAUCUGUGUAUCAUCUGUGUGAAAAUUUCCUUAUUCUUCUUCGUACUAUUUUUUGGGAUUUUAUAACCCUUUGCUUUCUUUGGCAGAAUUUUCUUCCAAAUACUGAUAUUUUCUGUGAUUACUCUACAUGUUCAUCUGUUAUUUGUAUUGAACUAUUUAGUUUUGGGCCAAGAGUAAGAAAACAAUGAUGUACAGAGAUACUGGGAGGUUAAAUUGUAGUGUCAGCUAUACAACAUUUGCCACUCCAGUUCGAGGGCAGGGAUCGGAUCACAAAGAGUUUUCAUCAAUGCUUCAUAAAGCUUUGGAAGGUGCAAUAAUGUUGGAAACAUUCCCCAAAACCACCGUGGAUAUUUUUGCAUUGGUGUUGGAGUCUGGGGGCAGUGAUCUUCCUGUGGUGAUAUCAUGUGCUAGUCUUGCCCUUGCAAAUGCAGGGAUUAUGAUGUAUGACAUGUUAGAAUGGGGGGUGAAGGCGCUGUGCAUCGGCUGGGUUGAUUCUCGGUCUGAGCGGAGACGUGGGUCGGGUGGAGCGGAGAGGACGGCUGAUGGUGUUCAUUCUUCUGAAGGAGCACAGAAAAUAAAGAAAAGAUAA